AUGGCUCGAUCCCAAGCCCAUGAGGAACGCAACCAGAUGCUGCGGGGCGGCAUGAGCUCUCUUGAAGCCGCUCUAAGCCUUACGGUACCUACUAAAGACACCGUCGUGUCCGAGACCAAGAGGCUGGGUCAAGCAGUGAGGACAGAAGAUAUCCCAGACAGCAAUGGAGCAAAGAUUCAUUGGAUAGGAGACAGCUCUGCCCCAAACGUGAUUCUUUAUUUUCACGGCGGAGGUCUCGGCAUUCCAGCUAUGCCAGGGCAUAUUGCAUUCUGGGUGGAUACGCAACAAAGACUGGCGAAGGAAGGCAAAUCGUUCUCGAUUGCUUUUGUGGAGUAUGGUCUAUCGCCUGAACAUCGAUUUCCGACGCAGUAUAAGCAGGCUGUGCAGGCCGUAAAAACGGUUCUGCAAUCUGGUCGCAAACCAUCAGAUGUCAUUGUUGGCGGCGACUCUGCCGGUGGCAACUUGGCCGUCGGUAUUCUGUCUGCAACAUUGCAUUCUCGUGCAGGAAUCCCUUCUUUGAAUCUCGACACUCCCCUGAAAGGAGCUCUCCUAAUCUCGCCUUGGGUCGACCUCUCCGUCGGUACAAGCAAAUCCUGGGUCGAAAACAAGGACAAGGACAUUAUUUCCGCAGCUAUCGUCCCUGCACUGGUCAAGAAUCUCAUUUCCGAUGACGAUCGCAAUGAAUAUACAGACCCCAUCCGCGCCGACUCGAAAUGGUGGGCUGGGGUGCCGGUUAGCUCUAUCCUUGCAUUGGCUGGGACGCACGAGAUGUUUUACGAUGAUAUCACCAAGUUCUCUCAGAAGCUCAAGGAUGGUGGGCUGAAUGUGGAGGUCGUCGACUGUCCACAGCAGGUGCAUAUUGAUUGUAUACUUGAUACUCAGUCAGGUUUGGAGCACGGCACCAUGUCUCAUGCAAUAUGGGAUUGGCUGAAGAGGGUGCUGUAG